AUGCCGAAGGACGAUCCGGAGACCACAGCCCUCAAGAAGGAGCUAACUGACUUGAUCGCCAAAGUAAAGGCUGAACAAGAAAAGUUAGCUGACGCGAAACUUGCUGAAAAAUGCGGGGAUCUAGGGGAUGUGACCAAGAUACGGUUUGUGACGAAAAAAGUUCUGAAGGGGCAUAUCAAUAAGGUCAAUUCCGUGCAUUACAGCGGUGACUCAAGUUGUUAUACUAUUUCGAAGACACAACGUCUAGUUUGCGAUGGCACUGAUCGAACUGUCACGUACAGGCACUGCGUCACGGGCUCGCUCGACGGGAAACUGAUCAUUUGGGACACCUGGAGCGGCAACAAGGUGCAAGUGAUACCACUGCGGUCAGCCUGGGUCAUGAGCGUCGCUUUUGCCCCAUCUGGGAACUUUGUCGCUUGUGGAGGAAUGGACAACAUGUGCACGGUUUACGAUGUGAACAACCGCGACUCCACCGGCGCAGCGAAGAUGGUGCGUGAACUGGCCGGCUAUGAAGGCUUCCUUAGCAGCUGCCGCUUCCUAGACGAUACCCAUAUUCUUACGGGCUCCGGUGAUAUGAAGAUUUGCGUAUGGGAUUUGGAGGUCGGAAAGCGCGAGAUGGAAUUCGAUGCCCACGCUGGGGACGUCGUCACCAUUUCUCUAGCACCAGACAUGAAGACAUACGUGACUGGUUCCGUUGACAAGACCUGCAAACUGUGGGACAUUCGAGAUGAGAAAGCGAAACAAACUUUCUUCGGCCACGAGGCUGAUGUCAACAGCGUUUGUUACCACAACAGUGGACACGCGUUCGCAACGGCUUCGGAAGAUAAGACAGCCCGAUUGUUUGAUAUUCGCAGUGACCAGCAGCUCGGACACUACACCCCUCCAGGCUCUGGAGGCUUCACCAGCUGUGGUUUAUCGCUUAGUGGCAGAUACUUGCUCGCCGGAUCUGACGACAACGACGUGCAUUCCUGGGAUACCCUAAAAGUUACUCACACUGGAACUCUCCGUGGCCAUGAGAAUCGUGUCACAUCCAUCUCGAUGUCGCCCAACGGAGUGGCACUGGCUAGUUGCUCCUGGGACAAUUCCGUCAGAGUUUGGGGUUGAAACCUACCAACAAUCCUAAUCAACUUAGAACUCCCCCAUAUAAUGUCUUCUUUUUUAAAUUUUGGUAUCAAUUCAGUAUGCUUUUAGCAUUUACGCUCCAUUUAAUAUGCUGCC